UCAACGAAGUGGUACGUUGGCAUGCCAGCUAUCAAGGUUUUUUGUUUUAUUUAUGUGUAAAUUGUGGCUUUUAACUUGACCAUGAGAGUAAUUUGUUCGUGAUUCUAACGACCCCUCACAUAUGAGGCGUGUCGGUAAGCUUUUUCGAAAUUGUACUUACUGCAUUUGAGUCACCAUUUAAAUGUUGAAGUAAACAUAACAAUAAUUCGCGAUGUUAGGAUUUAACACGAAAGAAGAGGCUGACGCCGACAAGGCCCUGUUGGCGAAGAAGGUAUUGAGUGCCGCUUUUUACGCAUUCGCUUCCUUUAUGAUAACUGUUGUGAAUAAAACCGUGCUGACCUCAUACGCGUUCCCGUCUUAUCAAGUUUUGGGACUGGGGCAGAUGCUAGCGAUAAUACUAGUUCUAUGGUUUAGUCGUGCUAUGAAAAUUGUUGAAUUUCCUACAUUGGAUCGUGGAGUAGCGAACAGAAUAUGGCCUUUACCUGUUAUAUAUUUAGGUAACAUGGCUACAGGGCUGGGAGGCACGAAGGAGCUUAGUCUUCCCAUGUUCACAGCACUAAGGAGGUUCAGCAUACUAAUGACAAUGAUUUUGGAACGUUUUGUACUUGGCAUCAAAGCUUCCUGGCCUGUUAAAGCCAGUGUGAUGGCGAUGGUCGGUGGAGCCCUUCUUGCUGCAGCAGAUGAUGUCACCUUCUCUUGGUCAGGAUACACACUUGUGCUACUAAAUGAUGGCUUCACUGCAGCAAAUGGUGUGUUCAUGAAGAAGAAGUUGGAUUCAAAGGAGCUUGGUAAAUAUGGAUUGAUGUUUUACAAUGCUCUUUUCAUGAUUGUACCAGCUACCCUUGUGGCCUGGGGCAUGGGAGAUUUGCAGCGCUCAGUUGAUUAUGAACACUGGUCGGACACAUUAUUUGUGAUACAGUUCCUAAUGUCUUGUGUGAUGGGCUUUGUUCUAUCCUACAGUGUAAUGUUAUGUACCCAAUAUAAUAGUGCGUUAACAACAACCAUCAUAGGAUGUUUGAAGAAUAUACUGGUUACUUAUUUGGGUAUGAUAAUAGGCGGUGAUUAUGUUUACUCCUGGCUGAACUUUGUCGGUUUGAACAUAAGUGUUCUUGCUAGCUUAUGGUACACCUAUGUAACAUUCAAACGAAAACCGACUUCAUAUGCUCUAUUGAACGAAGCAAAUAGCAAGGUAGACACAGUUUAGAUAUCCAACCGAAGGCUCUAUAUUGUAAAGCUUUUCUGGUUGAUGCCAAAGAUGUAACGAAAAAUUUAUUUAGAGAACUAACCAACAUUAUUGAAUGUUGUGGCCAUUAAGCACUGCGUUUAGAACUGUGUAAUUACUCAUAUUUAUAUGUAUCUUAAAAAUUAGUUUUAACAUCUACGUAACUAUUUAAAUAUGGAUUGUUAACGUACAUGGGUAUUUAAGUUUAAGAUUCAACAGUCAGCAAUAUCUACAUAUCAUGGUGAAAGUUCACAAGAAUAAUUUUCUAUAAUUUAAUUUAGAUCAAUGUUCACUAUAUUUAUGUUACAUUAUAUUAUGUAGUAUUGUUUUCUUUAGUUACAAUCAAACAUUGUAAGGCUAGCUCCACAUUAUAUACAUUCUUUAAGAGUUAGCAGACAUGCUAAUCAGACUAAACCUUUAUUUAACAUUGGACAUUUCUCUUGCCAUGUAAGAGAAGAUUUGUCAUAACAAAGUUAAAUCAUUUUGCCAGUAAAUAAUUCACCAGCCCAAUGAGUCAUAGAGAUAUUUCUUUUUAGAAUUAAGUGCUAUAUUAUACAUCUAAUAUAAUUAGAAUUAUUGCCAUUAUUAAUUUAGAUUCAAUGUUUAUUUUCUAGAUUAUAGAACUAGUUACUUUGUUAGAAUUGAAACAUUGUCUUUGUUUCAUUUAUAAUAAAUAUGUUAUAAAGUUAGAUGAAUAUGUACAUUGUUAUAUGUAUCUAAUUUGUGAUAAAGUUUAUAGUUUAUUAUUACAUUUAAAAUUAAUGAACAAUGUGUGAGACUUAAUGUUAUCAUCAUCAUAAACUUGUAUUAUACCAACCUUAGUUAUAUUAUUUACAAAAUGUUUCUACAUGCUAUUGGAUUUAUAAUUGAAAUUUUUAUUCAUUUUAAGCUAUACUACUAUUCUCAAAUCAAGUAUUACUGCAUUUGUGCAAUGAUCAUAUGAGUUCUAUUUUAAAAUUAAGGGUAAGGUCUCCUAGAAAAUAAAAUUUUUUAAUUAAAUAUAAAACAGAAAUUUUAAUAAUUAAUGUCUGUAUGGGAAUAUUUCGUACUGUUAUCUUCUCACUUUCUGUAGUUUUUAUAAUUUUAAUGUCACAUUUUCAGUAUUAUGUAAGACCUUGAAGUUUUAGACAAAUAUUUGCCAUAGAAAUGCUGCAUUUCGGUUUUGUUCAUAUCAAUUAAUUUUAUCUCAUACUUAUUUGCUGUGGCUAUAAAAAACAUGUGUAAUUUUCGCUCCGUUUGAACAAAUGAUAAGAUACGAUGGCUAAAGCCUUGUUUCCUUUGAAAAUAAUUCUUUAGUGUGUAUUUAAAAUAACCUACGUCAUAGAUAAUUUUUAUACUUACCUAAAUAGGUAGUAAAAUUAAAUGAUAGUUUAGUCACGACCAAGUAAGACAUACAAUUUGUAUGCAGUAUCUAGUAUAUUAUCUAUAUGUUAGUUAAUUUAUUCAACUGAAUGAAAAAGCAUUUAAUUUCAUUUAUACCAUACAAAAUUGAAAGAGUCUAACAAAUUCUCUGUUCUUUUUAAAAAAUUACUAAAGCUCUGGGCUAUUUAAUAAAUUUAGCAAAUAGAACAUUUCUAAAGGUUCUUUUGAUAUUAAACAACGGUUAUAUCACAGGCGGUACUAAAAUGUAAUAAAAACGUAUGUAUGUGUAAUUGUAAUGAUCCGACGCAUGACGUCAUGCAAUUUUCACGAUAAACACGAUCGUUUGCGGCAAUUAUAAGUCUUCGAUGCGGAAAUUGUAAUAAAAUAUAUAUUUCUGUGAUUAUCUUAGUUGAUAUUAUUGUUAAGUAACAGUUCACAAAUGUUUUACUUUAUCAGUGUUUAGAUUAGUGUAAUAUCCUUUUUGAUUGUGUUAAAAAGAAAAUUAUGUUUCAUUUAUAAUCAUGUUUUAUUAAUCCUAAUAAUUGGGUGAUAUAUUAUCUUAGUGUAGGGUAAUUUCAUGUUACAAAAUAUAAUUUGUUAUAUGUAGGUAUAUUCUGAUUAAAAACUAUUAAAAUUUUCGUAAAUUAAUUGCAUUGUAUUCAAUGGGAUUUGUUUGUUAUUCAUGGUAUAAUAAUUUUAAUAAAUUAUGUUCGUCGGUUUAAUUAUCGUGCCUUUGAAGAAAAUAACCGGUCAGUAAACAAGGCAAAAUGAGUAAACAUUUUACUGACCUCCAAUAAUAAUGAACCGAUUACGGUGUCGAUAAUCGAACUAUUUUCAAGGAAUUAAUUGCUGAUUGCUUGUAUAAAAACAUUAAACAAAAGUUCAUUAAUGAAAACAAACAUUUAUUAUUUGCACACUAAUCAAAGGUUCACAUUUUUUUAAAUAUCGCAAAUUAUGGUAUCAGUCGUCUGCAUUGUAAAAAUGUACUCUGUUAUAAAAAAUUUAUAAACCUAGAUUCGAAAACCGGUGAAGGCUAUUGUAUCAACAAUGCGACUGAUACAUAAUAUAAUAUCUGCAAUGUAAAUUAAUUUUAUAAUUUACAUAAUCGUAGACAUAAAUGUUCCUUGAAAAAUGAAAUGUUAUAAUUAUUCACAUAUAAUAUGGUGGUGGCUUAAAUUAAUGAUUCGUACACCAAUGUACUAGUUCGAAACGGAGGAAAUCAUGUUUUAUAUAAAUCGGAAACAAAAAAAACUAAGAGGUAACUAGUAGUUAGUAGUAGUUAGUACAAUUUUAAGGAAAGGUCAAUUUAAGAACACAAGCAUAAUGUUUUUAGUAAUAGUAUCUCGUAGGUGUAUGAAUCAUUUCAUUUCGAUAGUUUAUUUUGCUUCCGAACACAAUUAAUAUGUUUGAUAUAAUUUGCAUAGGGUUGUCACUUUGGAAUUUUUAAAAUAUGUACCUCCUGUUUUGCUACACUUAGUACUAAACAUCAGUUCUUAAAAAAUGCACAGUUAUUGACUCUACAUCUGCACUCAUAUUCUGAUUUUAUUAAUUCUACAUCUGCCAGCCCUAUGUGAACACCCACCAAACCGAUGAGCAUUCGAUCCUUCGUUGAUCAUUAAUUGUUUGGAAUAUCAAAUGUGUAAUUCUUAAUGAGAUAUGAUGUUUAUCGCUUUGGUUGCGAUUCAAUAAUUCGCAUAUUAUCGGCGAAUUAUUGCAUUUGCAUAAUAUUAACAUAACAUAAGUACCGUUUAUUAUGUGCAUUUUUAAUUUUUUACAUACAAAUCAUAAAUAUCUUAGUGAUUUUUCGGUUUUGUAGUGUUCUUUAUAUAAUUGGAAAACUUUAAUUGUUAUAUAUAUAAUAUACUUAUUAGUUAUUAUGUAAAAGGGUCCGCUUUAUACAGGAAAAUUUAGCUGACUGUUAUACAUAUAUUAUGUUUCAAAGUUUUGUACCUAUUUAUAGACUACGUAUGUAUAUCGUUAACGAUUAUAAUAUGUAUCUGUAUCUAACAUUGUAUCGAAUAGGAAGUAAUUCAACGCACAAAAUUUUAAUUAUAAUUACUCCGUGGAUUGAAUAUACCCCGGGUCAAAAGCCAGAUGCUGACGUAGCAGGCAGCCAUACUUGGCCAUAAGCACCCGUGAAAGCUUCGAGCGAGGGCUAAAUACUCGUCUUUUUUGCACUCUUACCUUCUUUCAUUUCGCCUACGUAAUACGCGAACGCUUUCGGCCGGUGUAUACGAAACAUAAUUUUAUAUAGCCCUGAAUGCAAAUUCAAACGGUUUCACCCAACGUACCCUAAUAAUAAUGUAAAAAUUGUAACCAAAUAUAUGUUUUUUUACGCAGUAACAGGUAUUAAUUGACGCGUAAAACGCGUUCAUGUGUAAGGUCUCUUUCCGCGAACUGGUGAAAACUUGGUGGGGUCUAAUGAGGGAUAUUUUAGUUAAGAAUGGUAACAUUUUAUCAAUGUCCUCUUACGAACAUAUUGGCAAGAUGUUACAGUGCUGUAAAUAAUGCAUAAAUAACGUAAUCAUUUGAUAGAUUUGUAAGAUUUUAUAUGCAAAUAAAAGUUAAAUGUCAAA